GACCAUGACCAAUUAGUCGGAAUAAGAUAGUUCCUUUAGUAAUUUUCAUUUCACCAUUCAAAAAAAAAAAAAAAAUUAUGCAUAUAGCCGGCGCAAAUUUUGGGUCAUGGUCCGUCCAAGAAGUGAUAAAUAAUAAUAUUGUAUAGUUUAUAAUACAAAGUGGGUAGGGUCAACUGCACAUGUAAUUGCUUGAUUAAGUGUCUAAUACAAAAAAAAAAAUUUGAACUAAUCCAAACCAUCACACUAAACAGAUAAAAGCCACCUUACUUGUCGAAAAACACUCUUCACCACCACCUCCAACUCUCAAUAUAUAUAUAGUUAUUAGUUAAUUUUAUCCAUAAUAAUGAACUGUACAAAGCAGCAAAGAAAGUAAUUAAUACUACUAAAUAAAAAAUUAGCAAGAAAGACACAUUAAAUAAUGAAGGAAAAAAAAAAAAAAAAAAAAAGUUGGGGGAUUUGCGCAAAUUUCUGUGGUGACAGACGAGUUAUACUUGAAGGAAUCGUUGGCAAAAAAGUAAUGGGUUUGCUUGCUUCAAAGCCAACCGAAUCUUACUCGCUUCUUCACCUCCUCAUACUUGUUCUUAAAUUGCAUCAUCUCUCUUUCUCUCUCUAAAUAUAUACAUACACAACUGUGUAUAUAUAUAUAUGUUGCCUAUAUAUAUAACUUCCAAGGUUGGUAAUGCAAAGAAAGAUUGGUGGACAUACUCGUUGUUUACUAUUCACGGGUCGGCUUCUAUCUACACUACAUAAACCACCCCCUCUCUCUCUCUCUAACCAUCCACUACCUACAAUAACAUCCACUCUAUUACCCCUCUCUCUCUAGACUGAUGAUCAAUAUGGAAGAUCAAGGAGAAGUUAUGGGGUCUAAAGAUUACACACAAAUAAUCAGAGGAAAGCGCACCAAGCGCCAGAGACAAGAGUCUCUGCUCGCGUUAACCAUGGCUACUUCCAGCUCAACCAGCAUCGCGGAGGAGGGUGGUGGCAGUGGCGGUGGUGGUGAAAAUUCCGGGGGACUUGAUAUCGUCGCCACUUCUCCCACUAACUCAAUUGAAUUGAUGGCCAAAAGUACAGAAGAAGAAGAAGAAGAAGACAUGGCUAAUUGUUUGAUUCUUUUGGCUCAAGGCGGCGGCCAAACCCUAAAACCACCCGAGCGGGUGGCUCCAACCACCAACAAGGCGGCCGGAUUGUAUGUCUACGAGUGCAAGACAUGUAACCGGUGCUUCCCUUCAUUUCAAGCCCUCGGUGGACACAGAGCGAGCCACAAGAAGCUUAAGGCCACUCAGGUGGAGGGAAAAAAAGCCGCAUGGUUACUGGGCGAGGAAGAUAGAUUUGAGAGCGAAACAACAACCCUUUCGCUCCAAAUUUCAAAUAGGGUUUUGUCGAGUAGUAACAAAUCCAAGGUUCACGAGUGUUCAGUAUGCGGCGCGGAUUUCACUUCCGGCCAAGCUUUGGGUGGUCACAUGAGGAGGCACAGAUCGGUCACUAUGGUUCCGGGCAGUCCUGAGUCGACUCAAGAAGCCAAAAAACCUAGAGGCAUUCUGUCCCUAGACCUAAAUCUUCCGGCACCGGAAGCCGAGCACCGAGAAUCCAAGCUAAUUCCCUUCUCCUCAAAAGGAAAAGUGAUGGUCUUCUCCGCAUCUUCUUUGAUUGAUUGCCAUUACUGAACUGCAAAACCAUAUAUUUUAAUUCUUAUAUAUAUGGAUUUGAAAUUAUCAUAGCCAAGAUGAAUGUGUAAUAUUGUUUUUCGAUCAUUAGAUUACUCAUACUCAUAAAUAUUGAUUCUUUGAAUUCUUUUAUAUAUAUUUGUGUAUUGAUCGAUCAUCUUAGUUGAAUUCUUUGAGUGA